UACCGAGGCACUAAAUAGAAAUUUCUGAGGACUCAGUUGGUCAAAUGGUUGAAAUACAUGUGGCUGCUUAAGAACUUGCCUCUACAAUUGUGCAACCCAGAGCGGCCACCAAAGCAGUACAGUGUCAUGUUCCUUGUAAAGUAAAAAUGUGACGAGAUUCUAUCACGCCCCAUGUGUGACCUAUCACACCCCAUGUACCUGGAGCACUGUGUGCUGUAGGUACAAGUGAAAGGAUGGAAGGGUGAGCCAAGAAGGAUGCUGGCUUGAUGAGCACACUCUUCCCGCGUGAGGAAGGGGAAAGGAGCGAGCUUCCGGUAACGCAUGGGUGAUUGGGGCAAGCGUUAACGUGCGUCUCCUUUUCUAGCGCAGCUGUGGCUGCGCAUGGCCGUCAGUGUGGCUUGACUGCAUACACAGCCUGUGUGCCCUGCUUUUGAGGUGACCUGCCACACGCGCAAAGACUGGGCGAGCUGAGAUGGCGUGGCCCUGUGCACCGUCUUCGCUCUUUUAGUGAUGGAGGUUGCGCAAUCUCAAGUUUUGAAGAUGCAUCUAAGCAACAAGCAGACGAAGCAUUUGUCUCCCGGCUGCUGGUGCUUUUCAUGAUAACAUCGCCCCACUGUGACCAACACUACGAGCUGCGGGGGCAGAGUGUACAUGAAAGCAUGGCUGGCUUCGCUUUGUACCGCCAAUGUGAUGAUACCGUCAACACGAAGAAGCCUCUCUUCAAGCUACAAGCCCCCACAUACGAAUACCUGUUGUCGUUUAUCAAGAAUGAACCUGACGAUGAAAAUGACCCAGACUGGUGUCCCAACAGUGAAAGGAGCCAGGCCAGCCGCAAGCGGAAGUUGCAGGAGCCUAAAUCCAUGAAGGUCCUGGAACUAUCUAGGUUGCAGGAUGUCCACGAUGAGCUGAAGAGAAAGACUGAAGAAGUGGAGACCUUGAAAAAGGCACUCGCAAACUUCAAAGGCAGCCGCGUCGAGUUCUUCAAAGACCUCAGUUCUGCCAAAAAGAUCAAGCGGAAGCCUCGAGCCAAGAAGCCUCUCUUCAAGCUACAAGCCCCCACAUACGAAUACCUGUUGUCGUUUAUCAAGAAUGAACCUGACGAUGAAAAUGACCCAGACUGGUGUCCCAACAGUGAAAGGAGCCAGGCCAGCCGCAAGCGGAAGUUGCAGGAGCCUAAAUCCAUGAAGCGCUCUACAUCGGCGGCUGCCUGCAAGUGCCGAGGACUGUGCUGCUCGGGACGCUGUGGAUGUUCCAGGAAGCAGAGGAGCUGCUCCUGCCUCUGUUCCUGCAAGGGGGAGUGUCGCGUGGCACAGCACUCCGAGUCCGAUUUGGCCAUUCCAGAGGACACAUUGACCGAAAGCUUGCCAGAAAAGCAGCUCUCUCUUAGGAGCAAACAGUGACGUGACACAUUUUGUACAUAUUAUAUAUUUAUAUGCGUCUGUACGAACGCUUCAUGAAUUGGAUGAUGUGAAUUUGUGUGGCCGCUCUACAUCUUUCUUUUACCGCCUCUUUGAAGGAACACAGCUAGCGCUCUCUCAUAAUGAACUCACUACUUUUAGUUUUUACCAUUUCAAUGUCUCCACUUAUUUUAAGUCUGUUUUAAUUUCAUAAUUAUUGUCACCUUCUACUUCAUUCAUCACAUUGCUCUGUGUCUGACAACUCAACCCUAUGCUGUGUUUUGUGACAAACAUUUGACAGCCACCAAGACAACAUGGCAGUGGCAUCUAGAAGGUAACUUUAAUCUACAAGUGUCAUAGUGAACUGAGGUGCACUGAAGUAGUUGAGGCCUGUACAGGAACUGUUGGCAUCUUAUGUUCCUUCCAUAAUUCGUUCACCUGCAUGGAUUAGCUUGGAUGACCUGCAAUUUCCCAUUUUUCAAAGGAAGGCAGGAGCUGGGACAAGUCAACCAUCUAAUAUUCGUCUUGUGUGCCGUGCAUGCGUGUACAUGUGCGUAUGUGUGUGGAGAGUGAGCAAUGUUGGCUUACGUGGAGGUACUUCCAAAACACAAGUUAAACAAACCUGCCAAAAAUAUGUGUGGGCACAUUGUCCUUUUCUGUCUUGGAUGGCGUCUUUGUGGGGCUUCUUUUUUAGUGAAUAAUAUGUGGAUGUACAAAUGAAUAAAUGUGUUCAGAAAUUCAA